UCAGUCUAGAAGGUUGGCUUUCCAGAAGCACCAGGAUACUACCAUUCCCUCCUCCCAGAUCCAAAAUUCAAAAAAAGGAAGGUAUAGAUAUAUAGAAGAUAUAUAUGUGUAUGUAAAAAUAUAUGCCAUGUAGAUCGAGCACCAGAUAAAUUAAAGCUGUUCCCCAAGAUGGGUUAGUCAUUGGAAGCAAAGGAAAGUUCUCCGGGCUCUUCAGGAUGUCAUGUAGCUUAAAGUAGUCUCCCUAUUUUAUCUUGGUACAUGAGUGCCAGCCAGGAAGACAUCCACCCACUCUCCUGUUACCCCUCGGCGCCUCCAACUCCUCUCCUAUCUUGGCCCCCCAUAUGCCUAGUGGUACAAAGAGUUAAAAGGCUGGUACUUGCUGAGAUCACUUCCUGUGCUUCUUUAGGAGGGCUGACUCUGAUAUUUGAGCCAAGAGCUCUCCCUUUAAGGAAUCGGGAGGGGGAGAGGAGGGAGAAGAGCCAGGGAGCGAGAGGCAGAGAGAAAAGAAGGGGGAGGAGACUGAAUGGGAAAGUAUUGAAUGGAGAAAAAAAGACACUUUGCCGCGGUGAACUUAGUCCUAGGAUAGCACUCUCCCUGCCCCUUCAUUUCCACUUGGGGGUACCCACCCCAUCACUGACUGGAGAAAAGAGCAGAAGGAGGGGAGGGUGCAUGCAGUUCAUGAGUGCGACAAGCCGGGUACAAGAGGUCCGCGGCAGCCUGGCUCCGAAGGUGAUUUUCGGCGGUGUUGCCGCUCGUAAGCCGGUAAACUUCCUCGAAGCAGAGAGCGGGGUUCCUUGGCACCCCUUUCCAUUGUAGAAGAUAGGAGUGUUAACAUUUACCAUGUCGGAAAUUGAGGUGGAAAAUGGGACAUGUGUGAACUGGCAGAAACGUUGCCUUGCCCUGGAGACCCAGCUGUUUCGGUUCCGUCUUCAGGCCAGCAAGAUUCGGAAGCUACUGGCUGACAAGAUGCAAGAGUUGGAGCAAAGGCUCUUGGAAGCUGAGCACAGAGCAGAAGAUGCAGAAACUCAGGUGGGUGCAAUGGAGGAGAAGAUCAGACUGGUCAGUGUAAAGAGCAUGGAGCCUGAAGGCAACCUGCACCAAAAGUACCAGGAGCUACUAGAGACCAUUCGAGGAAAAGAGGAGAUCAUUAGCCAACUGCAGGUGCAAGUGGAGAAGCAGAAGCUGCUAAGAGUUCAGGAUGCAAAGACGGUUCAAGAGAAAGCCGCUAAGAUCAAGGAGUGGGUGACCAUGAAGUUAGGAGAGCUUGAGACGGAGAAUCGACACUUGAAAAACUAUAAUCAGCACCUACUGGGGCAAGUGAGGGCACUUCAAGAGGCCCUGGGAGAUCUCUCCAUGGUGCUACCAGGGGAAUUGCUGUGGUCCUUUCAGGGAAAGUCAAAGAAUUCUGUGGUUUCAGAGAUAAGUACCUAUCAUGAAAGUCGGAGAGGAGCUGUGGAAGGCAGACCAUCUGGAGACAAUGCUUCCCAGGCUCACAGUACCUUGAGAGCAACCAUCUCCUUCCCUUCUCCAGGAACCCAGCAGGACAAAGACCUCACUCCUAAAGUAGGCAACACUUUGAAAGGUUCUGGAAUAGUCCUUUGCAGAGAAAUCUCAGAGGCCAAGGCUCCCCAGCUUUCACCUAUGGGAACUCUGAAGCUGCAGAAAUCACCUUACUUGGGUGAAGUUCUAGGUGGUUUCCAGAGAGGGGUGCCCAUUAAGCUGAGGUUCCCAGGCAAGGAAGGGGUCCUUGGCAGCAGUAUGACCCUGCCAAAGUCCCGGGCUUUCCGUAACCCCAGGGACAGCAUCCAACUUGCCAAGCGGCGUUAUAGCCAGCCCCACCUGAGAAAUGGACACUUCAACCACAUGGUGAGCAUUAAAAUUAGUGCUCUCCAGGCCUCCCAGGACCAUAGCCUUCCCAUGAAAGAAACAGACAUUGACCAGAAAAAAAGGAAAGAAUCUGAGAAAAUGGACACAGAGGAGCCCACCUUGGAUAAGAUAGAAGUCAAGGGCAUUGAGUUAAUCUCUAGGUUAAAUGAAGAAAAUCUGGAGAGACCUAGUGCUGGAGAGGUGGAGAUGGGGAAGAAGCCUCCUACACCCCCUCUGCACCGGUUCCCAUCCUGGGAGAGUCGAAUUUAUGCAGUGGCCUCAUCUGGCAUGCAGCUGUCUGAGGUAUCUCCGGAAAAUGAUGCUUCUUCCUGUGCUGCAAGUUCUACCUCCCUCACCUCACCUGGGUCCUUCUACAGGCUUAUCUACAAGAAUUUCCAUGUGCCUGUUUAUACCACAUUGAAGGGGAGAGCCACUCAAAUCAGCACCAUGCCCUUUCUGGAUGAAUCCUCUGGCUCUGAAGAUGACUGCAGCUCCCAAGCUAGUUUCCAAACUUCCAUCACCUGCAUGGAGUCCAGGAAGACCAGUGUACCAGGCAGUCCACGGGCUAUCAAGAGAGGCGUCUCCAUAUCCUCGCUGAGCUCAGAGAGUGACUAUGCUAUUCCCCCUGAUGCCUAUUCCCUGGACAGUGACUACUCAGAACCUGAAUACAAAGUUCAACGGACCUCAAUCUAUUCCAUUGAUGAGCUUGGAUCCUUGGGGGAAUCACUAGAGAAGUCCGGCUACCUACUGAAAAUGGAUAGUAGGGUGAAGACAUGGAAAAGACGUUGGUUUGUUCUAAGACACAGACAAAUCAUGUACUACAAGUCCCCGAGUGAUGUGAUCCGGAAACCACAAGGUCAAGUGGAGCUGAACUCGCACUGCCACAUUGUCCGAAGAGAAGGAGCACAGACAUUUCAGCUCAUCUCUGAGAAGAAAACCUACUACCUGACAGCAGAUUCCCCCAACUUGCUGGAGGAGUGGAUCCGAGUACUCCAAAGCUUGCUGAAAGAGCAGACCAUUGGAUCCCCAGCCCUGCCACAAAGUGGGGCCAAGCCCACUGUGAGAGGCUGGCUGACCAAGGUAAAACAUGGUCAUUCCAAGCUGGUCUGGUGUUCUCUGAUUGGAAAAACCUUCUACUACUAUCGAAGCCAUGAGGACAAGUAUCCUCUGGGCUGCUUACCUGUUCGAGGGGCACGUAUUGAGGAGGUGGAUCGAUCCUGUGACUCAGAUGAAGACUAUGAGGCUGCUGGAGGAAUGAGAAGACUUCUCUCUUCCCACUCUACCCUAGUGAUUCACCCACCAGAACACAGUCCCACCUAUCUUCUCAUUGGUUCUAAGCAUGAGAAGGACACAUGGCUCUACCAUCUCACAGUGGCUGCAGGCAGCAGCAGUGCCAAGGUAGGCACUGCCUAUGAGCAGCUUAUUGGAAAACUGAUGGAUGGAGAGGGGGACCCAGGUUCCCCUUUGUGGAGACACCCCAUGCUGUGCUACAGUAAAGAUGGGCUUUGUGCCUCCCUCACCACACUGCCCUCGGAAGCCCUGCAGACGGAGGCCCUCAAGCUCUUUAAGUCCUGCCAACUGUUCAUCAAUGUACCUGUAGAGGCUGCCUCUGUGGACUAUCAUGUGUCCCUGGCCCAGACAGCUUUGCAGGUGUGCCUGGUUCACCCUGAGCUGCAGAGUGAACUCUACUGCCAACUCAUCAAGCAAACCAGCUGCCACCCCCCACAGAAACAUUCCCUCUUGCAGUGCUGGCAACUCCUGGCUCUGUGUGCUCCCCUUUUUCUGCCUCAGCAUCACUUCCUCUGGUACGUCAAACAGCAGCUCCAGCGCCACGCAGAUCCCAGAAGUGAAACUGGACAAUAUGCAACCUACUGCCAGCGGGCAGUGAAACGGACCUUGAAGGCUGGGGAACGGGAAGCCAAGCCAUCUCGCAUGGAAGUGGUGUCCAUUCUACUCCGCAACCCCUACCACCACUCCCUGCCCUUCAGCAUCCCUGUGCAUUUUGUCAAUGGGACUUACCAGGUGGUAGGUUUUGAUGGCUCCUCUACCGUGGAUGAGUUCCUCCAUCGGCUGAACCAGGAAACAGGAAUGAGAAAGACAUCCUACUCUGGCUUUUCACUCUUCACAGAUGAUCCUUCUGGCAAAGAUCUGGAGCACUGCCUGCAAGGGAGAGUUAAGAUUUGUGAUGCCAUUUCCAAGUGGGAGCAAUCGUUGAGAGAGCUUCAUCCUGGGAAGUCUGAGGGCAGCAACCGGAUUGUGAAGCUGAUUUAUAAGAACAGGCUCUAUUUCCGGCAUCAGGUUAAAGGGGAAACUGAGCAGGAGCGGCUUCUACUUGCCUUCCAGGUCAGCAAUGAGAUCACUGCUGGGAGAUUUCCAGUCAACAAGGAACUGGCUCUUGAGAUGGCUGCAUUGAUGGCCCAGGUAGAAUAUGGGGAUUUGGAGAAGCCUAACCUUCCUGGUCCUGGAGGAACAGCUCCUGCCAAGGCUCAGCAUCUCCUCCAAUUGGUCCUAGAUAGGUUCUACCCCAGGAGAUAUAGAUAUGGUGCCCCAUCUGAACAGCUGAGACACCUGGCAGACACACUGGCCUCAAAAUGGACAACACUGCAAGGCUGUUCCUCAAGUGAGUGCAUCCGUACUUACUUGACCGUGGCUCGAAAGUGGUCGCUAUUUGGUGCUAAACUCUUUGCUGCUCAGACCACCCAGCUCUCUACCAAAGGGAACACUCUGGUGUGGAUUGCUGUGAAUGAAGAUGGCAUCAGUAUCCUGGACCACAACACAAUGCAAAUUCAAGCCACUCACCCCUACUCCCUGGUGAUGACCUUUGGUGGGUAUCAAGAUGAUUUUAUGAUUGUGAUCAGAACUGUUCUUGAUAAGAGUUCUGGUAAAGGCAAAAUUGAGAAGCUGAUCUUCCAGAUGGCACUUCCUAAGAUUGCAGAGGUGACUUUCAUGAUGGCCAGUUAUAUGAACCACUGCUCCACAGUCUCACCCUCAUCUACAAAUACAUUAUACCCUCAAGAAGUGGAUGAAAAACAGUUCCUUGCUUCUGCCUCACAUAGUAGCAAGGGGCCAACACUUAUAUGAAUGUCUUUCCUCUACCUGUUCCCCUAAUAUUUGUGCCUAAAGGACUUGAUGACAUCUUGCUGGGCACCUGCCUCUUCUAUGAGCUAACUCCCUCCUUGCCUUUGUGCCCAUUUCAAAUGCUUACCAAUUCUGCAGGCAGAUGACAAUGUCUCUAACGUCGUUCAGAGUGCUGUGUGUUUCAGGCCUAUGCUUUCCUGACUCUAAACCCAAAUGACAAAGGUCAAGUACCCAAUCUCUUCUCACAAUCAUGGCCUGACUGAAAGCAAUUAGACCCCCAUGAGAAGUCAGGGUUCUGUACACUGACAACAUCCAGAAUCCAGAAUGCUGCCCUUGACAAGGAAAAUACCUUCCAAAUCUUACAUUUUCUCUACAGUCAGGAUUUUAAAUUGGAGUCAUUUUCUCAUACAUUUACUUCAGAUCUGAUGAUACAAACUAACCUCUUCAGAGUUUGUGGCAAAGGCCUAGAGGCUACCACCAAUAGACUUUAUUUUAAGGCUGAUAUGGUAGCAUGAAAUGGGGAAGAAAAAAUGGAUUUCUUCCCUGUUUCUGGAAAGGACCACUAUGCCUUAUUUCCCAACCCAACCUGAGGCAGAAGAGUAGGAACUACAGAGAAGGACAAUGGGUACACCUAAGCUCCAAAAAAGAAAAGAAACACAAUUCCUUACAUAGGAAUGAGUGGAUGUUGUAGUGCCUCGUGUGGCACUAUUAUUCAGCAGUAACAUCAUAUGAUGAUGUCAUUAAUCAUGAUAGGGGACUGAGAUUGCCGUACACUGGACUGUGGGCAAACUUCACUGCCCUACAUUGUCCCAGGGCCCUUACCAGAUUCUCCUCAGGUCUGGCUUUAAUCACUGGACCAAAUGCUUUGAAAAUAAGCAUUCAUUACUGUAGGUUAGGGAUCUAUGCACUGAUUUCUCUCUGGUCUUUGAAGGUCCAAAGGAAUAUAUAACAUGCUUUUUUACUCACUGGAACAUAGACCUUGAGCCUUUUUUAAGUCCUUACCUUCCAACUUGGAACCAAUACUAUGUAUUGUGGCUUCAAUGCAUGAAUUAAAUUAAAUUUAAAUUCUAGAAUAAGUUCUUCCCAACAACAUAACAACUUUUUUCUGGAUGACUUUUACAUCUAUAAAGCAGCCAGUACAAUUUCUGUCCUUAAAGAAUAAAACAUUCCUUCUCUGUCAGGCAGAAGAGCAGUAAGAACUAGACCAGUUAAGGGAUUUGCCCAGGGUCACACUAGCUAGUCUGAGGCCAGAUUUGCACCAGGUCCUCCCAUCUCUGGGCCUGGUUCUCAAUCCACUGAGCCACCUAGCUGCCUAGUAUCUUUAUCUUAAAAGAUGACUAUGAAAGAAAUUUAAAGCUUCCAUCAUUUUUGUUUCCUGUCAUCAACUUCUUACCUCUCCACUGGGAUCAAGGCAAAUGAUCCUUAAAGGUGCCCACACUCCCUCCAAAGCAAAACAAAAGAACUCAUAUUAUUUUCCCAACUUUAGUAAGGCUAGUUUCCUUUCUCAGUUCUGUGACACCCAAGGCUGACUAAACAUUUAUGAGGAGGGCAGAGGUAGCUGCAUGUAAAGUACAAUUUCAUCCAAAGGUCAGGUUUGAACCCUGACAUUGACAUCACUAUUCCUUUCACAAUGCUUAAACUGGACAAAGAUGGAUCUAGUUUCUCUCAGACUCUGGCUCUAUAAAAUCCCCCCAUAUGCUCUAAGCUGGAAAGUGUAUAAUAAUAAACACUUCAAAUAGUGUAUUCAAAUACACUAUAUAAUUUCAUUGCUUUCCUUGUUCCCACCUCUUCCUUUCCCUUAGAAAACGAAGUUCCAUCUGAGAUAUUUUAUUAUAAUUAUCCUUCUGGGGCUGGUGCAGAAGGCAGAGUGUAUUUCCAGUAUUACUUCAUGUCCCCUACCUAGUAGAGCAAACUAGAAUAAUCUUGUCUACAACAGUAAGAAAUUGGUAUUUCCAACAAACACAAAGGAGUUAUUUACUCCCAUUCUAGUUUUGAGAGUUAUUUCCUGCUUUCUCUCCUUGGAGUUUGUCAAUGUUAUGUAGAAUGAAUGAAUUCAUGAACAUUUUUUUUAUUUUAUUUAAUUAGGACAUUUUCCCCUUGGUUACAAGAAUUAUGUUCCUUCCCUCCCCUCCUACCCCCCCCCCAUAACCGAUGCACAAUUCCACUGGGUUUUACAGGUGUCCUGGAUCAAAACCUAUUUCCAUAUUAUUGACGUUUGCACUAGAGUGAUCAUUUAGAGUCUACAGGCCCAAUCAUAUAUCCCCAUCGACCCAUGUGAUCAAGCAGUUGUUUUUCUUCUGUGUUUCUACUCCCACAGUUCUUCCUCUGAAUGUGGAUAGUGUUCUUUCUCAUAAGUCCCUCAGAAUUGUCCUGGAUCACUGCACUGCUGCUAGUAGAGAAAUCUAUUACAUUCGAUUGUACCACA